CCUUACUACAAACCUAGCUGAUUUUUCUGAGCAAUCUCACGUCAUUCUUCAAACAUGCAGCGGCUAUCACGGCGUUCGGUUUCCGCUAUCCUUAGGGCCGGCGGAGCUCGUCAAAGAAAUGCUUGCAGUCCGGCUGUCUUGUCCAAUCACAUUACUGAACAGGUUGCGGGAGAUGACAUUGGAGCAAGACAGUUCUCUGUGUUGACUUCUGGAAGGUUUAAUACUCUUAUACCUGCUAAGUCGCUUGAUCUUAAUGCUGGGUUACUUUUGAACCGACGUGAGUCAACAAAUGCAGCAUCUAAUGCCUCGGAUUCUGCAGCUGAGAAAUAUGAAUAUCAGGCUGAGGUCAGUCGGCUCAUGGAUCUUAUUGUCAAUAGUCUUUAUAGUAACAAAGAAGUUUUCCUUCGAGAGCUUAUUAGCAAUGCUAGUGAUGCUCUGGACAAGUUAAGGUUCCUUAGUGUUACUGAACCAAACCUUUUGAAUGAAGGUGGUGGUGAUUUUGAUAUCCGUAUCCGGACAGACCAAGAAAAUGGGAUUAUAUCAAUCACGGACUCGGGUAUUGGUAUGACUCAUUCGGAACUUGUGGAUUGUCUUGGAACUAUUGCACAGAGCGGAACUGCAAAGUUCUUAAAGGCGUUGAAGGAAAGCAAGGAUGCUGGAAGAGAUAGUAAUUUGAUUGGGCAGUUUGGUGUUGGCUUUUAUUCGGCUUUCUUAGUUGCCGAUCGGGUUGUGGUAUCAACAAAGAGCCCAAGGUCUGAUAAACAAUAUACAUGGGAAGGAGAGGCCAAUUCUAGCACAUAUACCAUCAGGGAAGAGAAUGAACCUGAUAAGCUAAUUCCAAGAGGAACUUGUCUUACCUUGCAUCUGAAGCGGGAUGAUAAAGGUUAUGCACAUCCUGAAAAGAUCUCGAAGCUUGUGAAAAACUAUUCUCAGUUUGUAUCAUUUCCUAUUUACACAUGGCAGGAGAAGGGCCGGGUCAAAGAGGUAGAGGUUGAUGAUGAGGAAGCUACUGCUGAAGCUGGACAAGAUGAUACGACUGAGAAGAAGAAAAAGAUCAAGAAGGUUACUGAGAAGUGGUGGGAAUGGGAACUUACUAAUGAAACCCAACCAAUAUGGCUUCGUACCCCGAAGGAAGUUACCACUGAGGAAUACAAUGAUUUUUACAAGAAUACAUUUAAUGAACAUUUGGAACCUUUAGCAUCUUCCCACUUCACAACAGAGGGUGAGGUGGAGUUUAGGUCCAUACUUUAUGUACCAGCCAUGGCUCCUAUGGGAAAGGAAGAGGGAAUCAAUCUCAAGACAAAAAAUAUUAGACUUUAUGUUAAGCGGGUGUUUAUAUCUGAUGAUUUUGAUGGAGAAUUGUUCCCCAGAUAUUUGGGCUUCAUCAAGGGUGUUGUUGACUCCAAUGAUCUUCCUCUCAAUGUAUCACGUGAGAUUCUUCAAGAAAGUCGUAUUGUGCGGAUAAUGAGAAAACGACUUGUACGAAAAGCGUUUGACAUGAUUCUUGGCAUUUCUGUGAGCGAGAACAAAGAUGAUUAUGAAAGAUUCUGGGAGAAUUUUGGCAAGCACAUAAAAUUAGGAUGCAUUGAAGAUCGUGAGAACCACAAAAGACUUGCUCCUUUGCUUCGGUUCUUCUCUUCAAUGAGUGAAGAGAUGAUGGUCAGCUUGGAUGAAUAUAUUGAGAACAUGAAGCCUGAACAGAAGGAUAUUUACUACAUUGCGGCUGACAGUGUGUCAAGUGCAAGAAACACUCCGUUCCUGGAAAAAAUUCUUGAGAAGGAUCUUGAAGUGCUGUUCCUGGUUGAUCCAAUUGAUGAGGUUGCUAUCCAGAGCUUGAAAUCUUACAAGGACAAGAAUUUUGUUGAUAUUAGCAAAGAGGGCCUUGAUCUAGGUGAUAGGAACGAGGAGAAGGAAAAAGAGAUUAAACAGGAGUUUGGUCAGACUUGUGACUGGAUAAAGAAGAGAUUGGGAGACAAAGUGGCGAGUGUUCAGAUCUCCAAUCGCCUCAGCAAUUCACCUUGUGUUCUUGUAUCUGGGAAAUUUGGCUGGUCUGCCAACAUGGAGAGGCUCAUGAAGGCACAAACAGUUGGUGACGCUGCUAACUAUGAAUUUAUGAAAGGUCGGAGGGUGCUUGAGAUCAAUCCUGAACAUCCAAUUAUUAAAACCUUGAACGGGGCAUACAGAACUAGCGCAAAUGAUGAUGAAGCUUUAAGAGCUAUUGAUCUUCUAUACGAUACAGCUCUAAUUUCAAGUGGUUUCACGCCUGAAAACCCUGCCCAGCUUGGUGGUAAGAUCUAUGAGAUGAUGGGUUUGGCUCUGUCAAGCAAAUGGGGUCCAGAACCUCAGCAGGCAGCACCCCAAUCGUAUGGUACUGAAGCUCUAGAAGCUGAGGUUAUUGAGCCUGAAGUUGUCGAGCCAGUUGAAGCUGAUGGUAAAAAAUGAUAGAUGGGUUGUUUAAAGUCGAAUUUUCAGUCAGAGAGAAUUCUAUACGGUAUAAAUAGAGGCAGACAUGCGAGUCGUGAGGCCUUUUCAUCAUUAUGUCGAGAUUGACGUUUAUUUGAUGUAUUUCAUAACUUUUUGAGUAUCUACAAUGAACCAUAUCAAAGCCUGUUUUUC